GUAGGGCGGGCAAUCGAAAAACGGUCCAAGGGCUCUUCCGGGUUGAUGGAUGUGUUUGGUUUCCGAACUGUUAAGCUGUUGCUGUUCAGGACUCUACCGGCUGUUCAGGAUGCUGCUGGUUUUGUCUGAAGACCAUAAAGAACACCUCUCCUUCUUGCCGAAGGUUGACGCCGCAGUGGUUGGAGAGUUCGGUCGCAUAGCGCUGGAGUUCUUAAGGAGAGGAAGCAGUCCUAAGAUCUACGAGGGAGCAGCCAGGAAGCUGUGUGUGCCGGUGGAAAUGGUGCAGCAUGGAGUGGAAGGCCUGAUGUACCUGAUGACCGAGAGCUCCAAACACAUGAUCUCUGAAGAGGAUUUCCUGGACUCUGUGUUGGUUCUGGGGUUUGGUGAAGAUCUUAACCAGACCCUCCUACAGCUCUACCUGCAACACCACAAUCAGAUCCGCAGCAUCCUGAGACAGCUGCCCUCCAGCCUGCCGGCCUACCACAACCUGGAAUGGAGACUGGAUGUACAGUUGGCGAGUCGUCCGAUCCGCCAGCAGGUCGUUCCCAUGCUGACGAUGCGCCUGCUGCUGACGGGAGGCGGUGACCUCAGCAGGAAGGUUCUCCAGACAGACCCCAGCACCCUCCUGCACCUCAUCUCCACGCUGGAGGCUGCUCUGGCUGCCAUAAAAACCAACCAUGCUCGCCGCAUAUUUCGCAACAUCAAAUGACCAACUUUCUGUGUAACCUGUUUCACGCCACAUUACUGCCUUUAAACCUGGGUACAUUAAAACGGGUCUGUGUUCUGAUCUGGUGCCGGAUGAUUAACUCUGGUUUUGUCUCUCCGACUGGCCAACGGCCGUCACUUUAUUACCCUUGAGUCAUAAUACCUGCCAGAAGGUAUCGACUUUAUUGUAUAUAAUGUUUCUACAGUGCCGCUGAUGUUGUAUUAAAGUGUUUGACGACAUGAAUCUC